AUGAAAGAAUUGUACAGUAAAAUUCAAGUGGCUGGAAGUAUCAAAUUUGUUGCUGAAAAAGAGAGUGACGAAGACAUUAACCUGACUGAUAAUUAUAAAUUUUCUCAUAAUCUAGUAACAAUAUUGGAAAGAGACAGAGAAGUGGUAGCAAAAUACCUGAGAAUUAUAUCUAACUGGAAACCUAUGAAAUGGCUAGAGGCAUAUGAUAUGGAUAUUACGCAGGAUUUAUUCAAUGAACGUCAAGAAUCUAAAUAUCCCACAUUUGUUGCUAUUAUUAUAAAGAGUGAAAAAUACGAAGGCCUAUUUUCUCGUGUAGAAUUACGUAGGUUGAAACCUAUUAUUACUGAUCAGCCCGUAUUUUCAUGGAAAAAUAUUAUUCAAAGGUUUAUCCCUGAUCCCAAGGAGUAUGAAGAUUUUGAGAAUGCGUGUUUGGAUUAUUCUAACAUAGCGACCAGACUAGUGCAAAUAUAUGUAUUCAAGAAAGGCUGUUACUUAUGUGAAUUGUAUAUCAAAUUUGCACAACAAGAAGGAUAUAAUAUCGUUAUUUCCGAAAAACAUAAGAAGAUAUAUCAUGGAUGGAAACUUCCUAUCCAACAGAUGUCACCUUCACGAGCAAAUCACUGGAAUAUAUGCUAA